AUUUCGUCAGAACGGACAGUUCUGGACAGUCAAAAUGUUCCUCCCUCCUUUCCUAAAAGCUGUUCUGCUUAUGUGGCUGAACGGUCCGGUCCAAUUGAUGAACAGAUCCAAAAACCUGUUCCUGUUCAACACGAAUAAGCGGGACGGGCCCAGGGCACAGAGUCUGUUCAACCCAGAUGGCACCAUUCUCUCUUCAGAUCCUGUCUUUAAAAGACAAAGCAAUAGAUACUGUAAUCAAGGGCAGUUUGAUUCCCAGUGAAACUACUGUAGUCGAUUUAAUUAAGGGAAAUCCAAUGAAAAUGCUACAUAAAAACAACACACCCAGAUAUGAACAAAUGUAAUGCUUCAACAUGAAUAACGGAUAUGCAAAUGAGAUACACAGCGUAAAGUAUGUCCAGACCAAGCUGUAUCACAAUUGAGUAAGCAGUUUUCUACACAGUAUGUGAAUUGUAAGUGUGACGUACAGAUGGCUUGCCAGACAUGCAUACACCACUUGGUGGUGCUAUAACCCUGUUGUUGCUGCCGUGAGCUGUGCAUUUGGGUGUACAGCUGGCUCUUCUAGUCCUGGGUUUUGUUUCAGCCCUGUUCUACAUUGUUUAAUUGAAGCAAUCACUCCAGACCCUGAAGUAGUUCAUUAUAUCAUUGCAUCUGUUAAACCUGGAGUGGAAUAGCCGUCGUGACUGGAGACUUCAGAUUUAUACAAUAACCUGAGCUUAUCAUAAAUCUCUGAUAGUCAAGCAUUACGUGUGGAACUGGAGGAUCUUUGAACGAGUGUCUGUUACUAAAGGUGUUUAUCUAUUUGUUUUAUAUGCCUAGUAAUACAUAUAAAGUUGUAAAUUAAAGUCUGCUUAUGUAAAAGUUUAUAUUGUAUAUAAACAACAAACGUACAAAGAAAUAAAUAAAAAUGCACAGAAAAUCCAGCUAAACAAAUGACAUCAUCCAACUGUGAAAGGAAUCCUUUUUUGUAUGACGUCGGGCCGCUCCUUCCUCCUGAUUUGACACUUCGGGGACAAGCAGCACUUCCGGUUUGGAGCAGUCAGUUUCGGUGAGACGCUCGAACCUCAAACGGGGAUUAAAUAAUAUAACACCGCGGCUGCAGAGAUGUCGGUGAACGGUAACAAAUUCAGCUCUUUGACCCUAGUGCAGUUAAACGAGCUGCUGGAAGACGACGAAAAACUGAGUAACAUGAUCCAGGAGAUGGACGAGGUGCAGAAUGUGAAGCUGACGAAAGAAAUGACCCUAGCGAGUAAUCGCAGCUUAGCAGAACAAAACCUCCUACAUCAGCCCAAACUAGACUGUCUGAAAGUGCAGGUAUCCAAGAAAUACUGUCAACUGCAGGAGCUGUUUGAGAAGUAUCAGAUGAGGAAAACGACACUAGAUCACCAGUCCAGCAGGGGCUCCAUCGACACACUCCUGGCUCUCCUGCAAGCAGAAGGAGCGAAAAUUGAAGAAGAAACAGAGAACAUGGCUGAAACGUUUCUCGAAGGGGAAUCGUCUUUGGACUCAUUCAUUGAUGAGUAUCAGAGCAAGCGGAAACUGGCUCACCUGCGGCGGGUGAAAAUCGACAAGCUCCGGGAGAUGGUGCUGAAGGGACACCGGCUGCCCCAGGCUCCAGCGCCGGCUCCCCUGGCUACAGAAGCAACCCCAGCCCCCCAGGUGCCCCCUUCAUUCUCCUCCGACAGCAACGUUCCUCCUGUCCCCAUGCCAAGACGGGCUCCGCCUGCACCUCCAGCCAUGGGCAUCGCCCAGCCCACUCCUUUCAGUGCUGCAAUGCAAUCAGGGCCAGCUCCUCUGCCAUACCCAGCCACUCCGUACCCUCCUAUACCUCCUCGAGUGGGCAACCCACUCCCAAACCAGCCUAUGGCAGGCUACCCCAACCUGUUUCUGCAUCAGUACCCACCAGCACUCCCCCAAAGACCCCCACCUCGCCUCGCCCCGCAGCCCGGCUUUAUCAUGCAGUGAACAGGUACUGUAGUUAAGUGCAAAUGUCUGGAUGGUAGAAACACAUAUAAAAUACAUACAUAUGCAUUGGAAAGGAUUCACAUACUGUAUGCUUGUAAAUGCCUGGAUAUUUGGUAAAAGAAACAUAACAAAAACCCACUUCAGUUUUAUAUAUUUAGUUAAGGUAUGUUUUGGUUGUAUUUAUCGCUUCUGUAGAAAAUUCAAACUUCUCUGUGAGUCCUGAUUUACUCCAGGCUGUUUAGUCAUACAGAUUUUAUAUAUUUUUUUCCCAUUAUUGGAAACAUAGCUGUGGUAGCGCAUUUAAAUACAUUACAAGUUUAAGUUUUCCCUAUUUUAAAUCUUUUUUUUUUUUCAUAUAAUAGUAAUCUUCAUUUUAUUCUGUUUACAGCAUUUUAGAAUUAUUUACAUUUCAUGAGUGAUCACAAAAUAGGACACACUGUACAAUAACUCUGGAUAUUCCUGAUUGAACAGCACUGUACUAAGAAUCCGAUCUAGAAAGUUCAACAAUAACGUGCAUUGAAGGGAUUUACAAUACACUGUGCUAUAUAACACCUGUGCUGAAGUUCAAACUGCAGCUAAAGUGAACCUAAACAUUUUGGAUAAUCGGGUUAAAAGCGCAAACCGGCUACCAGAGAUGUUUUUGUGAUCUUUUUCUUUUUUUUUUUUUUUAAUUUUAGGAUGCUGGUGGGUUUUUUUUUUAUUUUGUAUUAUUGAGUAUUUAAAAAAACAAAAACAAAAACUGAGAAACUGGUUUAUUUCAGGAUUUGCUUGGUAGAUUUUUUUUUAGAAUGAAUGUGAUAAAUCCUUAAUAAAUCCUUCACUGCAUAUAUUUGACAGAAGUUGCUAUUAUGCCUCCCCUCCCCUCCCACGAUAUGCACGAAGGCUCCACAUCAGACCAGUUUUUAUAACUACUCUUUGUUGCACCUUUUUAUACACAUACACAUAUAAAGUCAUUUGCAUUUAAACUGGUGGUCAAAAAUGUUCAGGGAAUAUCAGUUUAAAGAAGCAUUAACCUGUAUAAAUGUUUCUGGAACUUGCACAUUUAAAACCAUAUAUGCACGUGACUUUAAUGUGCCUUAGUAGCACUGCUUGUGAUGGGUGGACUACAACCGAAAACUGGCUGGCAUCAGUAGGCACCUCAUUGGGCACUGUUACCUUUCGUUCUAGUCUUCCUAAGAGACUGUGUUUUGUAAUACAGUAUAGCAGGGUGUAGUGGGAAUGGGAUGUGGAAAUGCAGGAGAUGUAUUACCAUUACUAGUUCAAAGGAGAAGCCAUUUAUUUUCAGAAUCUGUCCGCCCUGUUUUGGUUUCUGAAACGCAAAACAUAAAAAAAGCAAUUGUUACUCAUUUAUCAGUAAUAGACAUGUGAGCUGUUUGCCUAUUUUAAUUGCAUAUAGUAAUGUUGUAAUGCAUUAGUUAGUUCAGUGGUCAGUGGUACAGUAUCUCAGGAAAGAUUUUUAGACCAAAUAGAACAUGCCACCUGCUUUGGUUUUGUCAAAGGAAAGAAAAACCCUUUUUUUGUGACCCAAGUCUGAGAAAUCAUCUGCUAUCCUUUUGGUUUUUACUAAUAUUUAAAAACUUGGGGAUUAAGAGAAUAAAGAAAAGCACAGCAUCAUAGCUUUUAAUUUUGGUGGUUGAUAAAACGCCAUUGGAAGUGUCCUGUUGCCCUUGAACACUUUGCCAUGAUGUUGCUUCAGGUUUUGUUUCCUGAACUCCAGUGUUCAUGUGCACACCCCAUCAGCCCCAUCGUUUCCUUUUGAAGAUCAGCGAGGCAGAGCGGGCUAUUUACUGUAACACUUGCAGAGUUACCAUCCUAACUGUGGCAGUGAAUUGAAAGGUCUUUGCAGAGUGUAAAUAGCCUUGUGUUGCACCCUUUUUUUUAUCUAACACGGUAAUGUAACUGAAUAUCUGAAGUAAGUGUUGCUUUCAGAAUUCAGUGAGAGGUAUCGGAUACAAGUGCCACAAUAUAAACCAUCAAGUGGUUUGCUAUUCUGCUCUCUCUCUACUGUUAAAGCCAUCCUUUAUGCUCCUAGCCUGGUCACUUGUGGGUUAGAAACUGGUUUAAAUAUACACUACAGUACGAUGGUCUAAUGUAUAGCGCUGUUUCCAAUUUAGGACUUUUGUACCAGCCUACAUAUCAACUGCAUAUCUGAUUUAAAAAAAAAUAUAUAUAAAUAAAAAAAAGGAAAUAUGUAGAUUCUCUGUGAAAACUGCAAAAAUGUGAGUUUGUACUCCUACUUUGUCAAACUGUCAAUAUAUAUAUAUGUGUGUGUGUGUGUGUGUGUGUGUGUGUGUAUAUAUAGUCUGGUUUUUGAAAUUAUAUUUAAGUUUUAAUCUAGCUACUCCUUUCCUAACAAUUUUCAUUAUUAAAAUAAAAAUAGCUGUGAUGAAAAAAAUACAUAUAUGCUAUACAUUUUGUUCAUUGAGGUGCUGAGGUUUUUUUCUUAACUAAAUUGCCAUAGUAAAACUUAAGGACUAAUUUGCUGUAUACCCAUUCAACAGCACUUCGUGCCUAAACAAAGUUAAGUAACCAGAAAAUUGGUCAAAGUGUGUACUUUCAGGGUGUACAAGCUCCACCUCGCCUUUUGUAGUUCCUGAUGGUUUUUUUUUUUUAGUGUUGCUUGUGUGUGUUUUUUUUAUUUAUAAAUUCAGUGGCUCUGCUGCUAAGCAUUGGUAAGCCAAGCUUGGAAAGCCCUGUUUACCUUCAGAAUUGUGCACGCAUUAACAUAACUGAUUUGCAUCUCCAUCGUUUGCAUGCUGUAGUGAGUGAGCAUGCAGAUACCUGAAAUCUAGUUUCAUGCAGGUGUGGGAAGCCAGCUGGAUGUUUUCACCUGAAACCUUGAUUCUGAACAUCUUAUACAAUAUGAAACCUACCCUAUGUCAGCAAUAGUGCUAAGAAGCAUGGUAUCGCAAUUUUGAGCAUGCAUGUGGUGUAGAUGGAAACGUAGCUUUUGAUACACAUGCAGCUGCCGAUCCUGUCCAGCCUAGCAUGUACCAUUUAAUCCAGGUACGUCUCGGAUCAAACUAGAAAGCACUCGCCUUGCCAGUUUAAAGUGGUUGCCAAACUCCACCUUUGUAAAAUAAACUGGUACUAUUGAGAGAGAUUGUAUCUUCAUCCUUUUAUUUGAAUCUUGUUCAACAGUAGGUGGAUCUUGAACUCCCUGUGAUAUGUGAGCCUCAGUAAGCACUAUACUGUCAGAAAUCGCUGUUUUUAUAAUGUAAAAAGUAGCUCCUUGUACACUCCUAAUGUAAAAUAAAAUGUAUUGUAAUAAUACUGUUCUGUAUGACUAAUGAAGGUUGUAGUGGUGGGCUGCAUAAGUUACCUCUGACUAUUUUAAGUCUAAUAAAUCAAAUGUUUGUAUAUCUGUUUCUUGCUUCUUAUGGUAUUCCUGUAAAAUAUUAACAAUGCAUUGUAUCUAUUACUUUGUUUGUUUUGGACUGUGAGGCUGUGUAGGUGUUCAAUACAAGCACUUUGUCUAUGUUGUACACUUCAUUUCAGUGCUUGAAAGAAAAGUCACUUCCCUCUGCCAGGUAUGAGUCACCAAGACAGUUCCACUUGAAAAGCUUUGCUUUUACAUAAUACACCCCCCUUUUAAUGACUGCCCUAGAUGACAACUAUAGCGUGAAAGUGUUAUCCACCUGACUCAUUCCAUAGCUGCUUCUGUGAUUCGCUAGAUUGUUUUAAACCGCUUUUAUCAGCUGGCCUGUAUUUGAUGUGAUACUCAUUAAAGCAGGGUCAAAUUCAGUGAUUUAUUUGUAAUGAUUUAGAUAGGUGCUGCAUGUCAGCUCGGCUCAUUCCGUAAUGGCGAUGGGAAUUCAAUUUUCACCUGGUACAAAAUGUGACCUAAUGAAAUGUAUUUUAUUAAAACACAAAGUACGGAGAUAAAUGGUGUGCAAAAAAUAAAUAAAGAAGAUCAAUGGGAUGUACGUAUUUUGACAGCUGAGACGGAUUGCAGUUUCACAGUGCUGUGCUGCUCAGCAGUUGUUUCUAGGGGUAACCAGAGCACCAGUAAAAAGAAUAACAGAAAGGGGGUGGGCUUUGUUCUGUUUUAAAUGAUGUCCCGGCAGAGGGUUUCAGCUGUAGGUUUUGUUCUGUUUUAAAUGAU